UGUCGCGCUCCCUCUCCCUCUGUGUUUGUGAGGCAGAGAGUUGCGUGCGAAGAGCUCGACAUGUCAUUCAGAGGAAUCCGCCACCUGAAACGCAAGGAAGUGAAGGCGACUCAAUUGGGUAUAAAGCAUCAGCCAACAUCUGCCCUGAGCAGAGAGCAGCUGAUGAAAACAUCAGCUCGGGAAGCACACAGGGAUCCUCUGCGCUUUAUUUUGUAUAUUUCCAUUGGAUUUAUCAUUUGGCAUCUCUAACGAACCCUGGGAGACGUAUCUCUUGUUUUUUUUUUUUUCUUCUUUCUUUCUUCUUUUUGUUCUUAAAGUGAAUGUGGCUGUGCAGCCAUUGACACUAUACUGGAAUUAACUAACAGUCCCAGAGAUAUUCGCGCACCUGUUACCUCCACGGAGCGCAUGACCAUGAUCCCUCCGGGUGACUGCAUGUAUGCGGGGAGGAAGAGGAGGAAGCCCAUCCAAAAACAGAAGCCGUCCACUACCAGUGAGAAGACAAACCCGUCUAAGAGGCACCGGAGGCAGAAUGCGGGGCGGGCCCGGCUGGCCAGCCUGCUGCCAUUCUCCCCUGAUGUCAUCUCCAAGCUGGACAAGCUGUCGGUGCUUCGCCUCGCAGUUUCCUACCUCCGCGUCAAAAGUUUCUUCCAAGCAAGCCAUGAAAAGACUCCCCGGAAACACGUCAUCAACUCGGCGCCCUCCAACCCCGAACCCAGGAAAGAGAGCGCUGCGCUGGGCACCGCCGUCAAUGAGAGCAGCCUCCUCCUGGAAUCCCUGACAGGCUUCGCCCUGGUGGUGAGCAGCGAUGGAAUGGUCUUCUACGCCUCCUCCACCAUCGUGGAUUAUCUGGGUUUUCAUCAGACUGACGUGAUGCACCAGAACGUGUUCGACUACAUCCACAUCGACGACCGUCAGGAGUUCAGACGCCAGCUUCACUGGGCCAUGUGUCCUCCCCAGCACCAGGGGGCGGCGGCGCACCAGGAUAACCAGCUACCUGCAGGGAAUGGAGAGGACUUCGUCGUCAGCAGCCAGUUUCACUCCAUGGAGGUGGGCGGAGUUCCUUCAGAGCUCUCCUGCUUUCUGAACCGAUGCUUCAUAGCCAGAGUACGGUGCCUCUUGGACAGCACCUCUGGGUUCUUGACGAUGCAGUUCCAGGGUCGACUGAAGUUCCUCCACGGUCAGAAGAAGAAGACAGCGUCCGGGGCUUUGCUGCCCCCUCAGCUAGCUCUGUUCUGCAUAGCUGUGCCGCUCCUGCUGCCCUCCAUCACGGAGAUGAAAAUGAAGAACAUGUUAAUGCGGGGAAAGAGCAAGAGUGCGGGAGGAGGCCUCAUCUCCGCAAUGGAGCAUGGUGAGCGAGGGGAACACCUCCGGAGGCACUCUUUCAGUGGAGGAAUGGGGGACGUUGCAGAUCCUCUCCACCUUUCGUGUCCGACUCCUGGCAACACCCAGCGGGGUCAUCAAACUCCCUGGACUCCGCUCUCCAAAGACAACCUCAAGUACCGCCCCGAUGGUUACUACAACCAAGAAGAGCCGCUCAACUACUGCAAAUCCUCCGUGGCUCCCCAGAAAGGUCUCGGCCCAGGGGUCGGAGCCGGCUGGCCUCUGCGCCCAAGCCCAGGUCCGCUGAGAGGCGGCCAGGGCGUCGGGUAUUUUCCCCCUAACCGCUUAAACAAGGCGGGUCAGUACGGGAAGCCGUACCGCCUGUCGCCAGGCUGUCACGGCGGCAGAGGCGCCGAGGUGUUCGUGUCUAAGCUGUACGGGAACGUCCAGAUCCCCGCGGACCCCGACAACUACUGCGUGGACCUGGUGAAAAACGAGAACGGCUACGGCGAGUGCUACGAUGGGCAUCUGAUGUCGGAGAUGCCCCCGAUCAAGGUGGAGCACGACUCGGACUCGGAGAACGGCUGCGACGCCUACGGGCGACCCUGGAAUUGCCGCGACCCGGACGCCGUGGACCGGCGCUACGGCCACGAGAUGUACGACCACACCUCGGGCGUGCAACUCAAAGCCGAGGCCGAUUUCUACGACCCGCAGUACUCGCCCUGUCAGCGCGCCAAAGCGGGCAUCAGUCCGCCGUACAACAACGGCACCUAUCACAACUACGCGGUGAACAACGGCGGCAAUCACGUCGCGCGUCCGCCGAAGUGCGACAAGGACUUAGGGAACAACGACAACGACCAGUUCAGCCCCCAGAGACUCUCGCACUCGGACUCUCUGUGCGGCAACCAGUCCGUCAACCUCAUGGACACCAACGUCUACGCGCAGGACCAUCACAAGGCCUACAUGCACCCCGACUACAGCAAACACGGCACUUACGAGUUCAAAGGUCACGGCCUGAUCCACUCCAUCAAGAGGGAGCCCAUGGACUCCCCGCCGUGGUCCGAGGGCGGCCAUGACAUGAACCAGUCCAUGAUGGUUGGUCCGCGGAACAUUAUCCCAUGCGUCAUGAACGCAGCGCACAAGUCCACACCUUAUAUUUAUAUGCCGUGAAAGGUGAACGGAAGGUCAGCCGAACAUUCAAACCCAAAACCGCACACAGAGGCGCGCGAGAACGUCACGUGUGUCUCUUUCAACAUCUUGUAAUCCGUCGAUUCUCAUCCAUCGGAUGCCACCAGCGUUACGAAAACAAUCUUUUUUUUUUGGGGGGGCGAGGAUUUCCAGGACGUCUACAAACCUCCUCAGUUUGAUGAAGAGGUGACAAACAACGCUCAGGAUCUUGUAUUAGUGUUGUGACAAUCAGAAUCAAUCGACAAAUGAAAUCCACUUUAUGGAGAAGAAGAAAAAAAAAAAAAGACGUUUUUAAAGAAUAUGUUUUGUAGAUGGUUCCGAGCACUUUUGGAUUUAGUGACAACGAGACAGAUUUUGUCUAGAAAAAAC